UGCAGUGCAUGUGAGUAGCCUGGGCUCCAUCCAAAGCAAGACAUAAAGCCUGCCACCUCUUCGUGCUGACGGUGUGUGUGUAUGUAUUUGUGUGUGUGUGUGUGUGCGUGGGUGUGGGUGUGUGUGUGUGUGUAUGUGCAUGUGAUUAGAAGUGUAACUGUGUGUUAUGGCUGCUGCGAUGAAGGAUACCUCUCAGGACAGUUCCUGGUCCAUUGUCUUCGUCUCCUUCAUGGCUCAGCUGCUGGCGUUCGGGUCCCCCCAGGCAGUGGGAGUUCUUUACCCUGAGUGGCUCAGCACCUUCCAUGAGGGCAAGAGCACCACAGCCUGGAUCAGCUCUACUGUCCUGGGGGUGGGGCUAAUCACCGGCCCGCUCUGCAGUGCAUGUGUCGAUAGUUUUGGAGCCCGACCCGUGAUCAUCUUCAGUGGUGUAAUGGUGGCAGGAGGGUUAAUGCUUAGUGCCUUCGCCCCUAACGUCAUCUUCCUUAUCUUCAGUUACGGAAUUGUUGUUGGUCUGGGCUGUGGGCUUGUUUAUGCAGCUACACUGACAAUCAUCUGCCAGUAUUUUGAUAAAAGGCGUGGUCUUGCUCUGGGCAUCGCUACCACAGGAACCAGUGUAGGUGGCUUUAUGUACGCCUCCAUGCAGAACAAGCUGAUUGACAAGUAUGGACUGGAUGGAUGUCUACUCAUCGUUGGUGCUCUGGCACUAAACCUGAUCGCAUGUGCUGGACCCAUGCGACCUUUAAAUCUUCCUGGCUACUACAUCAAUCAGAAGGCUACUCUGAACUGUGCGAAUGAGCCUGUUUAUGACAAAGAACUUGGGACAGAGCUUUCAACAAAACCUCAGACGCUGGUAGGCAUCAUCAAAAAGCGCCUCCAGCCAAACGCACAGUAUAUGCAUGAUAUGCAUGCGUGCUUGCGAGAGCCCUCGUUUGUGGCUCUCUGUGUCUCCUUCUUCUUAUACAGCCUGGGUUCGAUGCCGCCCAUACUCCUCAUGGAAGACAUUGCUCAGAGUAACGGCCUCCUUGAACAUGUUGCGUCCAUUCCUCUUGUAUCAAUCACUACUGCUGCAGCAGGAGUGGGCAAGCUGGUAUUGGGCAUGUUGGCAGAUGUGCACUGGGUGAACAGCUUGCAACUCUAUGCUGUGACGGUGGUUGCAAUGGGCGCCAUUUUGUUAGUGUUGCCCAUGUGGAAGAGUUAUGUUGGGCUUCAGGUGCUCUCAGCUGCCAUUGGCUUCUUCUCAGGCAACUGGUCAAUAACAUCCUAUGUUACAACGCGCCUUGUGGGCAUCAAGCGCCUCGGCCAGGCACACGGACUCCUCAUGUGCUUUGGUGGCUGCGGGAUCAUUCUGGGACCUCCUGUUGCAGGAGCAUUCUUUGAUUGGACGCAAUCGUAUGACAUGGCAUUCUACUUCACCGGGUGCUGUUUGGUAGUGGGCGGCUCUGUUCCCCUACUAACCUCCUUAAUCUGUAGGAACACUUUGGGUGACUUUGAACCAGAACUCAAAAACAACACUCAGUCUAACAGAGUCACUUCUGUAGCCUAAGGACAUGCACGUUUUGCACCAUGGUAAAAUGAAAUGGUUUGUCACACCUGGAGCAUGUUUUGCAUUUGUGAUUAAAAACUAAAUUAUGGAAAAACUCUAUGUCACAAAUCACCUACUCCUAUACUACAGAUACUGUGUUACUACUGUAUAUAGUACACUACUGUAGGAUUGGGAUAAACUAGUCUCAUUACUGUUUUCCAACAAAUUUUUGCAAAUGUGAUUAUUAUAAUUAUUUUUUAAACACUACUAAUCUACGACAGAUGAAUGUAUGUCCACAGUUGGCAAAUGUAAAGCAAAAUGCUUUGAAUUUGCCCUGCCUGUCGCACUGGUUUUCUCAGCCAAAGAGCCAAUCAGAGGAAUCUUCCUUCUGCUGUCAUACAAUGCUUAUUCAAAACUUCUUUGUCAGAA